ACAGAGGAAGAAGAAAGGGGGAGGUAGAAAAAAAUUGUUGGAAAGAAAGAAACUGUACGUUGAACAUUUUAGUGCACUUUUCCGGCGUAGAGUGCGCAGUGCGUGUUCCUCAUUGUGAAUAUGCUUGAGCGAUAUGCGAACUUCCGUUGACUCUUUGAAGUUGUUGUUGUUUUUUUAUGGUUACGCGCUUUUGGAGACUUCCACGAUUUUUGGGGAAUAAUGGUUAUUUUAUUACAAACCGGACCGGGCAAAGUGGAAAUCCUGCGGGAUAUCGGUAGACUUUGAUCUGCCGUGUACUCUUCGGGCGAAACAAGGAGCAAUAAACGGUUUUGGGUUCACAGAUACGACUCAAAAGCGAUUAUCUGCACAGAAAAGCGUUUUCAACUUGCCUGUUUUGAAAGCCGCUAAUUGCGGCAGAAAGGGGCCGGAGGAUCCACAUAGCAUAUGUGUUUAACUCCACUGAUUCAAAGGAAACGAGGACCACGCUUUACUUUAUUCAGUAUUUAAAUUCAGUUCUUCUCUUUAAACAAUCAACAGCUGCGUUUCGAUAAAUCCACUGAAACAAAGAACCAAAAGGUAAUUAGAAGACUUGGAUCGAGAAUCAGUUGCAGCGGAUCAGUGUUACCGAUGUGACGGGUUGAUUUAUUGUUUGAAUGCAUCAAUUCUACAGGACUGUGUGUGCGUUUGAAGUUUUCCUGGACGAGAAUUAAAGACUCUUUGAAACCUGACUGUAAACUGUGUUUUUCCACACGUUCAUUUGUUUACUGCCAAAAGACAAGGCCACAAGUAGCUGCGAAAGGGAUCGCAAACAAAUGGAUGAACAUGCUCCUGUUCACACGCAUGUCCAGCAAAUUCUUCACAUGCAAACAGUUUGGAGACAAACUGCUUCUUUUCAAGUCUGACUAGAGCGAUAUGUAGCCUGCAGAAAAUGUCAUAGUGUUUUUAUUUAUCCUCAAAGUUCAAUAUUUAUUUUUGUAGCGCAGCACAAAGCAUUCCCUUUUAACAGUCUGCUUUUUAUUUUUAUUUUCUUAUGCCUUGUUUGGAUGUAAGAGUUACAUAGUCCUUAUCUUUUUGUCUGUUAUAUCAUCUGCUGUUAAAACACUUGAAUGAUGUUUGUGUUCACACUGUAAUUCACUGUAUUUAUGGCGUACACUAUUUAAACUGUUGUCAUUUUCAGGUGGCAUUUAUCAGAAAUUCUGUUUGUGUUUUAAAUUGAAGUUAAGCUUGUAUUAAAAACAAUGGAUCGACUCGGCAGCAAACUGAAGCAAAAGCUAAAACUGUCUGACUCUGGAAGUGUCAAAUUCAGCAAAAAGAAAAACGAGCUGGCGAAUGUGAAUAACAACAGUAAUAGCAACAAUGCCAGUACUGGAACUGUGACACAAAUAGUAACCAAUCCACCCGUGAGCACCACUUUGUUCCCACUCACCUGCUCCCCCUCUGGAGAGGUUUGUGGUCAGUCAGGUGGAAGAUCUGGCAAGGUGGGCGCAUCUCAGCGAAUCACGCCCUCAAAUACCACCUCGGCCACAGUACCUGGGGAGUGUGGGCCUGGAAUCGAACAUCACCCUUCUACUCUUGCCCCUCUGCGGCGCCGGUCGCCCCAGCAGCGAGCAUCAUGCUACCUGCCUGAAACUGUGGAGGGACGUGGUACCUGCGACCAGUUGAGGCGAGGCGAGUCACCCAGAGGCGAAGGUGACCCACAGGGGCUGUACAGCCCCAAUUCUCGUUUAGCCUUGAACCAGCGGCGUUACUCGCUGGAACUCCAGCAGCUCGUUCGCCGUCAGCAGCUUCUUGCUCAGCCUCCUCCGCUGUCAUCUGUACCACCACCGUACCCAACGCACAACUCAGCAGCACGUUCAGCUGCCACGGAGCCCAGCUUUCUUCAUGAGCUGGAGCGUCAUAAGCGCUUGUCCCUGCAGGAAGCUCUGUUUUACAAGCGUCUGAGCUCUGGUGGUGAACCCUGGGACACUGGCCGACCUGCUUCCCUCUCUCACCCCCCACAGAGAACCCAUGACAGUGGAGUAGGGGGGUUUUUCUUCCCCCCUGCGCCAGCAUUAAGCCCUUGCUCCUCUUUCAGUUUGCAGGAAUCUGUAUUAGCAAGCCCUCGCUCAAGUUUUGCUAGCAGUACUGCUAGUGGAGGUGGUGGAAGCCCCAUGGGAAGUCGGUGCAGCAGUAACCGAACAAGCGGCAUCAGCUUGGGCUACGACACCCGCCAUACACCUGGGCCUGCCCAGCAGCUGCAGCUCUCCUUUACCCAACUUGGUGGCACCACCUCAGGUCAGGUUUACCCCGGAUUAGCAUCUGGGAAAACAGGAGUGCCCCCAAUGGAGGUGUGGAGGGACUAUCUUGAAGGGAUGUCAGGGGUUGGGGGCGGCGUGCAUGACAGUCGUCACUCAUAUCCACCUGCGUUGAGCGUACAUACUGCGACCUACCACCGAGCCGAUUCGGAAUGGGGGGGCAUUGACCAGCGAGGAUCAAGAGGAGAUGGGGUGGGUGAGACGGGACGGCACUCUGACUUGCCGGGAACCCGCUACCAGCAAGAGCUCACCCGCCUGCUUUUGAGAGAUGCUGUCCUGGAGGGAGAAGCGCUACUUGGAGGUCUGACUCUAAAAGAACAGCCCAUAUCCACCACCACCACCAACCUGGCCAACUCUGCACCUACUCCAGCAGGAAAAUCCCUGGAGGAACAGACAGCUGGGAGGGAGUCAUCAACAUCGAUGGACAGACAGGAGUACUUUGGUACAUGUGUGAAGUGCGGUAAAGGUGUAUAUGGCGCAGAUAAUGCCUGCCAGGCUUUGGACAGCCUCUAUCACACUGGCUGCUUCACAUGUGUUUCUUGUGGGCGAACUCUCAGAAACAAGGACUUUUACAAUGUUAAUGGCUCCGUGUUCUGUAAGGAGGACUAUAUGUUCUCAGGAUUCCAGGAGGCAGCUGAGAAGUGCAGUGUUUGUGGUCACCUAAUCUUGGAGCAGAUUCUGCAGGCUCUGGGGAACUCGUAUCACCCAGGAUGUUUCCGCUGCACUGUCUGCUCAAAGGCUUUGGAUGGAGUACCAUUCACAGUGGACUACCUCAACAAUGUCUACUGCGUCUCUGACUACAAUAGGACAUUUGCUCCCAAAUGCGCUGCCUGUUUACAACCCAUCUUACCUGCUGAGGGCAGUGAGGAUAUCCUCAGGGUGGUGUCUAUGAACAAAGACUAUCACUUUGAGUGUUAUCACUGUGAGGAGUGUGGGAAGCAACUCUCAGAUGAGCCUGGAUCUCAGUGCUUCCCUCUGGACUCCCACCUCCUCUGCCACUCUUGUCACAUGAGCAGGGUGUGCACCACACAUAACAUUCCCCCUCAUGAUACACACUGAAAUGAGAACUAAUGUGCCUGAUCAAAACAAACGGCUUUGUACUGUCAUAAGCACACUAGCAAUCACUGUAAAAUGUUGUCUAAUGUCUCUCUCUCUUCUAUUCCAACUCCAUGUUUGAAGACAGUGAGAGGGAGGGAAAAAAAAUUGAUUUGUUUUGUCUUACUGAUUUUUGAGACUUGAGGUCAAGAGUACAUUUCAAAUGCAAACCACAGCACUAGAGAAGGCAAUGUCUCCCCCUAGUGGUUGGGAAAUGCUCCAACUGAAUCCUGCUGAACAAAAUUUCUCUAUAAAAUUUCUCUGAGCUUAAAGAUUAUUGUUGUCUGCUUACUACACUAUUAGGGGAGUUAAUAUAUCAGAAUACUGUUUUACUCCCAUAUCUACUGUUUGCUGUAGGGAUAAAAACAAGGGAUUUUUUUUGCUUAACAUUUUUAUUUAAUAUCACUAGCAAAGAUUUUGCACUUAAACAUGUUUACCUAUUAAGAGAUUGCAAAAGAUUAAAAAGCAUUCCUGUAUCUGUUUUAAUAAAUUGUUCUCGCUGUAUGCUUGCAUUUUAUUUAUGAGGUUUAAACAUCUUUAUAAUAAUGCCAACAAAUCCCAUUUCAAAUACUAUACUAGGACAACUCAAAUACUAAUCAUGGCUAUAAUUUAAAUGUCUAGUAUUUACGGAAACUGACAAAAAACAGAUUUAUCUAAGAUUGACUUUGAUAUUCACAUGGGAAUGGGGAUAAAUAUCAAAUUAUUUUAAGACCCCAAAAGGUCUCCACACUCUAUUCACUGUCAAUUCUGACAGCGAUAACUGCUUGCUUUCAUUAAAACACAGAAGCAAAAUUUCCUUUAGUUUUUAAUGAUUCUUUGUACAUUCUGCACAGUCAUAAAGAAAAUAAUCCAAAAAGAGAAUCUUUUGCAAUUUAUCUUCAAAACUAAAACAUUAAAAUUUAAAUUAAUAUUAAAAGGCCUCUUGCUAUUUUCUCUAUAAAGGUUAGAUUUAUGCCUUAUAUGAUUCACAUUGAUGAACAGUAAACAACUUCAUAAGACCAGGACAAGGAGGUGAGAUGCAUUAAGAAAUCUCUAAUGAUUCCUCUACAGUGCGGCUUAAUUACUGGACAUCAGUAGUCGUUUUAAUACAUUUGGAAGAAAAGAGAGGAAAAAAAAAACCCCAGUGAGAUCAGUGUCAACAACAGGACUGGCUCAGAAUAGUGGCCAAAACAUUUGGGUGGGGACUUUUUUCCAUUCAAACGGAAAUAUAUUAAAUUUGGACUAACUUGACAAAACGAAACACGCCAAAGAACUUAAAGUCCAAUAAUUAUACACUGCAUUAUCUACCCACAAGGCUAAAGUGGCACUAAUUAAACUAAAAAUAAAAAAGAAAGUGAAGACUCUGGGAUGUCAAGAAGAACAAAU